AUGCCACCCCGCGGUCGUGGUGGAAAGUUCAAGCCCUCUCGAGGAGGUGGAAAGCACUUUAGUCGCGAUCUCCAACCAGUUGACAAGGAGGGUAAUGUCGUAGGACUGUGGCGCGACCCCGCCGACGAAGUCCCCGCCUCUAGCGAUGAAGAGUCAUCUUCCUCAGAGAGUUCCUCAGAGAGCGAGACCGAAGGCACCGGACCAAGCGCACAGGCCGGCACAGAACUGACCCGUGAAGAGCGUCGCGCAGCAGCCAAAGCCAAGAAGCAGGCUGCUUUAGCGAAGCGAAACAAGGCGCCCGCUCAACCAGGUGAUCUUCCAUCCUCAGACUCAGAAGAGGAGGAUGAGGAUCUACCUGCGAACCCAAACCACACUGCCCAGUCACGGAAGCAACUAGUCAAGGAGGAUGAGAAUGAGGAGGAAGCGCCUAAGCCUAAGAAGGAUGUUAAGGAUCUGUCACAGCUUUCGAGACGGGAGCGGGAGGCUCUCCAGGCGCAGCAGGCGCGCGAGCGAUACCUGAAGCUUCAUGCUGAGGGCAAGACAGACGAGGCGCGAAGUGAUCUUGCGCGGUUGCGUAUCAUCCGGGAGCAGCGUGAAGCGGAACGUGCUCGCAAGCAGGCUGAGAAGGAGGAGAAGGAUGAGCUUGCGAAGGAAAGAGCUGCGGCUGUUAAGGAGCGAGAGGAUAAGUUGAGAGCUGCUGCCAUGGGUACUAAGCCUGGGAAGAAGGGUAGAAAAUAG